UAGCUCUUGGACCGCGCUCAUCAGCGGUCGUCAGUCACAGCGCGGCACUGAUUCAACAUUUACAAUACAGCUCAUUGUGGCAGGGCAUACCCACAAAAGCCGCAAGUCUGUAACUUGAUCCGCAGCAAGAAAAGCAAACAAGCCAGUAACUUGCUCGAAUAUUGCUCUCUGUGUCUCAACUGCUCCUCCAUCUUCACGUCAGUUCACUCACGUCGGAUUAGGCGCGCGGCUGUGGAAAAUGUUUCGUCCAACGGAAAUCGGCAGCGAAGAAACCCUCCCAGUCCUUGCGGAGCUCACGCAGGCUAGCUAUGAUCCGGAUGGACGGGACAUCGAGUGGAGCGCCUGGGGCCAGGCCAGUGAGCGGACCCAGCUGAACCCGCGCCAGCGCAGCUCUCUGCCCAACUAUGGCUUUGCUCCCCCGCCCAUUCGCAUGGUGUACAGGUAUCCGCGCGCUGUGUACUUUAUUCUCGCCACCAAGUUUUUCGAGGCCUUUGCUGCGAACGGCAUACGCACCAUACUCGCCCUCUAUCUGCGCGAUGAUCUCAACUUUACGGAGAGCUUUUCCACGGUGGUGCUGCACAUAUUCAACUUCUUCGGCCAGUUUUGCCCCAUUCUCGGGGCCGCUCUGGCAGACAGUUAUAUGGGAAAUGUGCGCACCAUUUCCGCUUUCUGCUUCCCCUACGCCUUUGGAUGGCUGCUGCUGACCAUGACGUCGCUGCCCCAUGUGGGAGUACCAAUUUCCCUACUAGUGUCGAUUGCCCUACUGUUCCUGGCAGUGGGAAACGGCUCAAUCCGCGCCUGCAUCACGUCGCUGGGCGCCCUGCAGUUCAAGAUGCCCGAGCAGGCUGUCCACCUCUCAGAGUAUUUCUCCUUUUAUUAUUUCGUCUAUUAUUUUGGCAUCUUUCUGAGCAAGAUUCUGCCCCCUCUGGUGCGGGCCAAUACGAAAUGCUUUGACAAGGCGGAGUGCUAUCCUGCCGUCUUCGGCACUCUCGGAAGCGCCUUUAUGAUGGCUUGGCUUAUCUUUCUGAUCGGAAAAUGUUUCUACAAGACCGAGAAGCUAGCCGAUGAAAAUAUACUCUUCAAGUUCUGCGGCUGCAUCAAGACGGCACUGGUAGAGAAGUGGCGACGUCGCAAGUCCAGCAAGCGUUCCAGCUAUUGGCUGCACAAUGCCGUUGGUGUCUACGACGAAGGCUUUGUCAACGACGUCUCCAAGGUCCUAAGGAUCACAAAACUGUUUAUUCCACUGCCAUUUUACUUCGCUCUGCUGGCCCAACAGGACUCCAGCUGGACCUUCCAGGCGGUCAUGAUGAACACCACAGUGCUGGGGGUAACCAUACAGCCGGAUCAGGCCAAGGCUGUGGGUCCAAUCUUCCUCUUCAUGCUCAUCCCGCUGUGGCAAUACGUGACAGUCCCAUUGCUGCGUCGCUUCUUUAACUGGGAGCUUAAGCCCCUGACCAGCGUCACUGUGGGUGGCAUCUGCUCCGCUGGUUCCUUCUUCUGUGCAGGAGCCCUGCAGCAAGUGAUUAUGAAUUCACCCAUCCAGACGAUCAACAUUGCCUGGCAGCUGCCGCAGUUCUUCCUGCUGAUGCUGGGCGAACUGCUGCUGUCCAUACCGGGGCUACAGUUCGCCUUCACGCAGGCGCCCACGUCUAUGAAGUCCGUGGUGACGGCCACGUGGUUCCUGAACAAUGCCUUCGGCAACCUCAUUGUGGUUGUGGUCACCGAGCUGAGUUUGUUGAGCUCCCAGAUGGCCGAGUACUUUUUCUAUGCGGUGGUCAUGCUGGUGUGCAUCGUAAUCUUUGCACUGCUGGCAUACGACUACACGCUGCAGGAGCGUAAGGCCGGUACUUAUUUAAGGGACUGCUUGGACGGGGACUUCGACGAUCUGGAUGUUCCCAGCACCAGCCGCAGCGGCAGCAUCUAGGCCCUAGACUCAGACGGGUAGUAUCGCAAUUGCAAUUGCACUUGUAAUUUAUUUGGACCCACACACACGCACUAACUGAAAAUAAAUAUAAACUAAUUAACUAAAC